CACUUUGGGGAGCGACCUAGAGGAAGAAGAAUGUGUGUGCUCAGGGAGAAGGGACUGGGAGGGGCCAGUCCCUGCGCUCUUGGGGGUGGGGGUCCUUCCCAGAGCACAUGGGCACGCAGAGAGUGUGCAUGCGAGGCGGAGAGAACCAGUGCCUGCGCGGGAACCUUUGGGUACACAGAGGGUUCGGCCCUAAUGGCGAGGGGGCGGGUUCCUGCCAGAGCUGGCAGUAGUGCUUGUGGGCACAGGGGCCAAGGCUGUGUGCAUGUCUGUUACUGGAGGGAGACGUGGUGUUCUAGCCCAGAGCAAAUGGAGGUGUGUGUGCACAUGGCAGGAAUCCAGCCCUGAGCAGGCAGGACUAUAGGCCAUACUCAAGGGUGAGACGGCCUCAGUAAGGCUCCUUGAGUGCUCCCACUGCAGCCGUUUAGGCAACCUUCAGGGCUCUGUCUGCCCCUCCCUCGGCUUUCCUCCGGAGGUCCCUUGACUGUUCCAGCCAGUGGCUUGUACACAUUUUCCAAUUUCCUGUGAACCUCCGCCCAGCAGUGGCAGCUGGGUGACUCAGGACCCUGGUGGCCGGGCCCCCAGCUCCAUGGGAUCUUUGUUUGCUCAGGCCUUUGGCUCGGGCCCUCUUGCCUAGAGCCGUCAAAGGAUUUCCUGAGCCCCGCCCCUGCCCUCUGACUGCUGGGCCAGCAGGCCACGAAGGCUUGGGGUGGUGGGUCCCAGAGGCCAGGGUGUUCACCCCUUCCACUAGACUCAGGAGAUGGAGAGCAGAGAGCCUGGGGUGGGCCACCAGCCCCCGGAGGAUGAGAAAGAGGUGAUCCGUCGGGCCAUCCAGAAGGAGCUAAAAAUCAAGGAGGGUGUGGAGAACCUGCGGCGGGUGGCCACAGACCGCCGCCACCUGGGCCACGUGCAGCAGCUGCUCCGAUCCUCCAAUCGCCGUCUGGAGCAGCUGCAUGGGGAGCUGCAGGAACUGCACACUCGCAUCCUGCUGCCCAGCCCUGGGCCUGGCCCAGCUGAACCUGUGGCCCCGGGACCCUGGCCUCUGGCAGAGCAGCCAAGGGCCCGGCACCUGGAGGCUCUGCAGAGGCAGCUGCAGGUGGAGCUGAAGGUAAAGCAGGGGGCCGAGAACAUGACCCACACGUAUGCCAGUGGCACCCCCAAGGGGAGGAAGCUCCUGGCAGCUGCCCAGCAGAUGCUGCGGGACAGCCAGCUGAAGGUGGCCCUGCUGCGAAUGAAGAUCAGCAGCCUGGAGGCCAGUGGGUCCCCUGAGCCAGGUGAGACCUUGGGAAACAGGAUGGGGAGGGCAGAGCAGGGCACGGGCCUGAGGGCUGCCCCCUCCUUCCAUCCAGGGCCUGAGCUGCUGGCAGAAGAGCUGAGGCACCGAUUGCGCAUCGAGGCUGCUGUGGCCGAGGGUGCCAAGAAUGUAGUGAAGCUGCUGGGUAGCCGGCGAACGCAAGACCGCAAGGCACUGGCCGAGGCUCAGGCCCAGCUCCAGGAGUCCUCCCAGAAACUGGACCUCCUGCGGCUGGCCUUGGAGAAGCUGCUGGAGGGACUGCCUCCUGCUCACCCUCUGCGUGGCCGAGUGGCCCGGGAGCUGCGGACUGCUGUGUCUGGGAAGCCCCAGGCUUCAGGGACACUUGUGAAGCCCACGGCCGUGACAGGGACACUUCAAGUCCGCCUCCUGGGCUGUGAGCAGCUGCUGACAGCUGUGCCGGGCCGUUCUCCAGCAGCUGCGCUGGCUGGGAGCCCCUCCCAGGGCUGGCUUCGGGGCAGGGCCAGGCAGCAGCGUGGUAGAAGUGAGCUGGCCAGCGAGGUGCUAGCUGUGCUAAAAGUGGACAAUCGUGUCGUGGGCCAGACAGGCUGGGGGCCGGUGUCCAAGCAGUCCUGGGACCAGAACUUUGUCAUCCCCCUGGAGCGGGCCCGAGAGCUGGAGAUUGGGGUGCGUUGGCGGGACUGGAGGCAGCUAUGUGGCGUGGCCUUCCUGCGGCUGGAGGACUUCCUGGACAAUGCCUGUCACCAGCUCUCCCUCAGCCUGAUGCCACAGGGACUGCUCUUUGCCCAGGUGACCUUCUGUGACCCUGUCAUUGAGAGGAGGCCCCGGCUGCAGAGGCAGAAACGCAUUUUCUCUAAACGCAGAGGUCAGGACUUCCUGAGAGCUUCCCAGAUGAACCUCAGCAUGGCGGCCUGGGGGCGCUUGGUCAUGAAUCUGCUGCCCCCCUGCAGCUCCCCAAGCACAAUCAGCCCCCCGAAAGCAUGUCCCCAGACCCCGGCUACACCCCGGGGGGCCGCUGACCUUGCCUCACCCAGUAAUUUCCCCCCCAAGAAGACCCCCUUGGGAGAAGAGACAAGGCCCCCACCCAAGCCCCCGCGUCUCUACCUGCCCCGGGAGCCAACCCCUGAGGAGACGCCGUGCACCAAACGCCCCCACAUGGAGUCCAGGACUCGACUUGGGUCGUCUUUACCAGCCUCAGCCACCAGGAAACCCCCCCGGCUUCAGGACUUCCGCUGCUUGGCCGUGCUGGGCCGGGGACACUUUGGGAAGGUCCUUCUGGUCCAGUUCAAGGGGACGGGGAAAUACUAUGCCAUCAAAGCACUGAAGAAGCAGGAGGUGCUGAGCCGGGAUGAGAUUGAGAGCCUGUAUUGCGAGAAGCGGAUCCUGGAGGCUGUGGGCCGCACGGGACACCCCUUCCUGCUCUCCCUCCUUGCCUGCUUCCAGACCUCCAGCCAUGCCUGCUUCGUGACCGAGUUUGUGCCAGGUGGUGACCUCAUGAUGCAGAUCCAUGAGGACGUCUUCCCUGAGCCUCAGGCCCGGUUUUACCUGGCCUGUGUGGUCCUGGGGCUGCAGUUCUUACAUGAAAAGAAGAUCAUUUACAGGGACCUUAAGUUGGAUAAUCUUCUGUUGGACGCCCAGGGUUUCCUGAAGAUUGCGGACUUUGGGCUAUGUAAGGAAGGGAUUGGCUUUGGGGACCGGACGAGCACCUUCUGCGGCACCCCCGAGUUCCUGGCCCCUGAGGUGCUGACCCAGGAGGCCUACACACGGGCUGUGGACUGGUGGGGGCUGGGUGUGCUGCUGUAUGAGAUGCUGGUGGGCGAGUGCCCGUUCCCAGGGGACACCGAGGAGGAGGUGUUUGACUGCAUCGUCAAUGUGGACGCCUCAUAUCCCCGUUUUCUGUCGGUGCAGGGGCUUGAGAUCCUUCAGAAGCUCCUCCAGAAGUGCCCGGAGAAGCGCCUGGGGGCAGGUGAGCAGGACGCCGAGGAGAUCAAGACACAGCCUUUCUUCAGGACCACCGACUGGCAGGCCCUGCUUGCCCGCGCUGUCCAGCCCCCGUUUGCGCCCACCCUCUGUGGCUCUACAGACCUGCGCUACUUCGAGGGCGAGUUCACGGGGUUGCCGCCUGCCCUGACCCCGCCUGACCCCCAUAGUCCCCUCACUGCCCGCCAACAGGCCGCCUUUCGGGACUUCGACUUCGUGUCAGAGCGAUUCCUGGAGCCCUGAGGGCCUCUCCUGGGGUCCCUGUCCCCUAGCCUGUUAGAGCCUCCCUCGCCCACCCGUCUGCCCAGCUGUGUGCCCUGCCCUGAGGCCCAGGCCUUGCUUGGUAUUUAUCAGUCCA